AUGGCAUACACGGGUAUUGCUGCAACAUUACUGCCUAAUGGUAAAACAGUACAUAAGACUUUUGGUUUACCGGUUCCUAUGUUUCAUGAUUCAUCUUCAAAUAUUAAAAUACAAUCUAACGAAGGCAAACUUCUGAAAAAUGCUAAAGUUUUCAUCUGGGAUGAAGCACCAAUGGCCCCGAGGUAUGUUUUGGAAAUCGCUAACAGAACAUUACAGCAUAUAAUGAACAAUGACCUUCCAUUCGGUGGAAAAAUAAUGAUUCUGGGCGGUGAUUUUAGACAGCUUCUUCCAAUACAAGUUAAUGGAACACGCAGUGAAAUAUUAAAUUUGUCUCUAAAAAAUAGUCAUUUGUGGACAUUUUUUUCCAAAUUUCAAUUAAAAACAAACAUGAGGGUUUUGCCUAAUGAAAUCGAAUUUGCUAAAUUUUUGUUACAAGUUGGUGAUGGAACGUUGAAUGAUGAAAAUGUUAAUCUACAGCUUCCAGAGCAAAGUGUACUUCCUGUAAAUGAAUGUAUUGUUCAAAAUAUUUUCGGUAACUUAAUUAAAGAUAAGAAAUUUGAUGAUAUCACCCACUGUGCAAUUUUAUCUGCUCGAAAUGCUGAUGUAGAUGAAAUGAACAUGAAAGUUACUAAUCUAUUAGAUAAAAAAACUGAACACAUCUACACUGGUAUAGACAGUACAGAGAACUGCGACAAUGGGGAGAUGCAAGAGAUUCUUCUGCCAGAAUAUCUCAAUUCAUUAAAUCCACCGAACUUUCCGCCUCAUAAAUUACGCCUAAAAAAAUAUUGCAUAGUAAUGUUAAUUAGGAAUAUAAGCAUCAGUGAAGGAUUAUGUAAUGGAACGAGAUUACAAAUAAUUGAUUUUUCAAAUCAUUUACUAAAAUGUAAAAUAUUGACUGGAGAUAAAUGUAAUAACAUAAUAUUUCUUAAUAGAAUCACAUUAUAUUGUGAAAAUCUAUAUCCAUUUACUUUCAAAAGACGUCAAUUUCCUAUUCGAUUAGCUUUUGCUAUGACGAUUAACAAAGCUCAAGGACAAACAUUAAAAACACUUGGAAUAGAUCUUCGGAGAGAUGUUUUCAAUCAUGGUCAACUCUAUGUCGCUAUGUCUAGAGUAAGAUCAUGGGAUUCGUUAAAAAUUUAUCUGGGAAAUCAAAGGCAUAAUUUAUUGGUUAAAAAUUACGUAUACACAGAAUUAUAUUCAAAAAAAUAUCGUUUACUUUCAACUUCAGAUGGAACCUGA